GUUGAUGGGGACAAGUGACCAAUAGCAACCUGUGACAUGGCCGGGUGCCCUGAUGCCCUCUGACCCCUGACCUUUGUGUGGCCCCUGCAGCCCCCCUGCAGGCCCUCUACCUGGAAGUGGUUCCUGUCAUCCGGCAUCAACCAGGAGGUGAACCUCACGGCUGUGCUGCUGCCCCUGAACCCCAACCUCACCGUCUUCUACUGGUGGAUCGGCCACAGCCUGCAGCCCCGCCUGUCCCUGGAGAACUCUGUGACGACGCGGUUUGGGGACCCGGGGGACGUGCGGGUGACGGUACAGGCUGCCUGCGGGACUUCCGUGCUGCAGGACUCCAAGGUGGUCCGCGUGCUGGAUCAAUUUCAGGUCGUGCCUCUGCAGUUUUCCAAGGACCUGGAUGCUCACAACCCCAACACCCCCGAGUGGAGGGAAGACGUCGGCCUCGUGGUGUCCCGGCUCCUCUCCAAGGAGACCAGCAUCCCUGAGGAGCUGAUGGUGACGGUGGUGAAGCCGGGGCUGCCCACCUUGGCCGACUUGCACGUGCUCCUGCCCCCUCCCAGGCCUACGAGGAAGAGAAGCCUCACCAGUGACAAGAGGCUCACGGCCAUCCAGCAGGUGCUGAACGCACAGAAGAUCAGCUUCCUCCUGCGCGGCGGGGUCCGGGUCGUGGUGGCCGUGAGGGACGUGGACACGGAUUCCCCGAGCCUGGGAAGCGGAGGCGGCUACUGGGCGGUGGCGAUCCUCUUCGUCAGCGGGCUCUUCGCGGUCGGGGCCUUCAUCCUGUACAAGUUCAAAAGG